AUGACUCUUGAGAAGCGACCUGUCCCCACCGACCCCAAAUACGACGACUAUGACUAUCCUAUCGAAGCCCCCGAGCCGAAGCCUGGCCACCCUGGGUUCACUACACCAGAGCAGGAUGCGCAAGUUGCGCAGCUGCGGAUGAUGCUGGAAGCAGCAGGAUACACUGAACGCCUCGACACUCUGUCUAUGCUGCGAUUCCUCCGUGCACGCAAGUUCGACGUUGAAGCCUCGAAGAAAAUGUUCAUCGACUGUGAAGAGUGGCGAAAGACUUUCGGCGGCGGUCUUGAUGACCUGACCAGGAAUUUUGACUACAAGGAGAAGCCUCAGGUCUUUGCAUACUACCCGCAAUACUACCACAAGACUGACAAGGAAGGACGUCCUGUGUAUAUCGAGCAGCUCGGCAAGAUCGAUCUGAAUGCUCUCCGUGCCAUCACCUCUGACGAGCGCAUGCUUCAAAGUCUGGCUGUCGAGUACGAAAAGCUCAUCGAUCCGCGCCUACCCGCCUGCUCUCGCAAACAGGGCUACCUCCUCGAGACAUGCUGCACGAUCAUGGACGCUAAGGGUGUAGGUAUCGCGCGUGCUGGUCAGGUCUAUGGUUAUCUUCAGCAAGCUUCUGGUAUGUCACAAAACUACUACCCUGAGCGCUUAGGCAAGCUCUACAUCAUCAAUGCACCAUGGGGUUUCUCGGGUGUCUUCAGCGUCAUCAAGAGAUUCUUGGAUCCUGUCACUGUCGCGAAGAUCCACGUUCUCGGCUCAAGCUACCAGAGCGAACUUUUGUCCCAGGUCCCCAAGGAAAACCUGCCUAAGCACCUUGGUGGCGACUGUCUAUGUGAGGGCGGCUGUGAGCUCAGUGAUGCUGGCCCAUGGCGCGAUCCGCAAUACGCAAAACCUGCCAAGUGGGAGAAGCCCAAGGUAGACACCACCGCUCCGGCUGCCCCUACGGCAGGAGAGGAAGCUCCUGCUGCACCUGCUACAACAACUGCGACUGAAGCUCCUGCUGCAGCGUGA